CAGCUGCCGGGGUUGCCAUGGGGGCGGCGGUGACAGCGGCGGCAUCGGGGGGUCGCGGCUGGUGCCGCUGCUGCGGGACGGGGCGGUGCCGGGCGGACCCGUGCGGGGUGCUCUGCCUGCUGCUCACCUACCUCAGCGUGGGCUAUGCCGACUACGUCGUCCUGGAGCACGUCCUGCUCCAGCCGGGCUUCCGGUCCAGCCUCUGGUGCCCGUUCCAUGCCGUGGCAUUCAACUUCAUUGUCGUGAUGUUGCUGGCCUGCCAUACGCGGGCUGUCUUUGCCGACCCAGGCAUGGUCCCACUUCCUGACACUGCCAUUGACUUCUCUGAUCUCCGGAGCGGCAGCAGUUCGUCACACAAGAAAAGCCGGAAUAAUGAAGACUGGACAGUGUGCAACCGCUGUGAGACGUACCGGCCACCGCGGGCUCACCACUGCCGCGUCUGCCACCGGUGCAUACGUCGCAUGGAUCAUCACUGCCCCUGGAUCAACAACUGUGUUGGCGAACUGAACCAGAAAUACUUCAUCCAGUUCCUCUUCUAUACAGGCUUGGCCAGCCUCUACGCCAUGGGGCUGGUCCUGACCACCUGGCUGUGGCCCGCCGACAAGGGCUUGGCAGGAAAAGCGGAAGGAGCCGAAGGAGGCGUUUCUGGCAGCCACCUCCAAACUGCUCACCACAUUGUCUUGCUGGUGGAAUCCAUCCUCUUUGGGCUUUUCGUCACAGUCAUAUUUUAUGACCAGCUGGUCUCCAUUAUCACGGACGAGACCCCCAUCGAGCAGCUGCGCAAUCGGCUCAGGAAGGAGGCGCACCGAGAAGUGUCCCACGUGCGGAAGCCGAAGAUCGCCCUCCUGCGGGAGGUGUUCGGCCGAGGGCUCGUGAUCUGCUGGUUCUUCCCAUGCAACUGCACCUCUCCACUGGCCAGCGGGCCCUCCUACAGCUACGUGCCCAACUACGACGUGUGACCUGGCCUUGGUGCCCCCAAGGAAAGUCUCCCUCCUUGCUUCCCCACUUUCUCUCUCUCUCUCUCUCUCUCCCGGCGAGAGCAAAAGCUUUAUUUGGUUCCUUGCUGCACCCUGAGGAAGUGGCUGUGGUCAGUGGCCUAUCCCUUGAGUCCUGAAAAGGGGGGACCUGUGUUCCACAAGCAUUUGAAACUCCAUGCCCUGGCAGGAAUGCGUGCUGUUGGGUUCAGCGAGGGGCUCCUGCCUCUGAACCCUUUGGCCGGUGUGGCCCUUUGGCUUUUUUUUUGGCGAGCCCUGCACUGAAACCCGCUCUGGAAGUCCUCGCCCUGCAAGGAGGAGUGGGUGGGAGAGGGGCCCCUUCCCUUCAGGCCUGACUUCCUGCCUUGCACAGGAAGCACCUUAAGCCCUGUGCCCUGAUUCGGGGAUCUGAAGACUUCCACCCCAGCCUGCAAGAACACGGAACUCCAGGGCAGUGUGAGCCUCUGGCUGGUUGCUAAUGGGUCCUUCACAAGCCACUCUGCCUCUCUAGGGAACUGUGCCCGCUAAAGACGUUACUCUGGUUCAUGUGGUCGCUUCCCCUGCAGUGGGAGGCAAGGCGCCAAGGCCCUGAUCUCGUCCCAGGGGCUGUGGACACUCUCACGUGUGCUUCAGCGUCCAACUCACCGGUGGGGUGUUGUUGUUUUUAAUGUGUCAGCAAAUCAAAGGCUGACGGGAAGCUGCUACUCUGGGCUAAUAGUGCCUGUCUGCACACCCUUUGUCUCCUGUUGUUGGGCUGUCUCUCUGUGAUGUGUGUGACUUUGAUCUCUCCUGGCCCCUGGCAGGGCUUGGGUAGGUGUGUGGAGCAGGCAGCGGCACCCUCCUGUAGCUACUUGCCUGUGGUAUGUCUGCUUAUGUGUCUAGCUUGCUGUGAACAUUGUGUGUGUGUGUGUGUGUGUGUGUGUGUGUGUGUGUGUGUGUGUGUGUGUGUGUGUUGCUUUUCAGUGCUUGCCCCUUGCCCCAUCCUGCCAAGUGUUUUGGCUGCCUUGGAAGCAAAAUCAGGACGUAAUGCUGGGGGAGGCGUGCAGGGAUGGGAUAGCUACACCUUCCAGCUCUUGUUUUUGUGUUUGAUUUUCUUUCAUAUCUCAGGAGGCUUCUACUACAGAUGUUGAGCCUGGCAAAAGGGAUGGCUUUGUCAUUUUUAAAAAAAAAUUCCUCCCCCACACAUUCCAGGGAUUCCCUGUCUACCUUCUUUUUCAUAGAAUCAGCCCUGUUUGUCUUGCAUGUUGCUCCUUAGUCCUGAGGGGUUGGGUUUCCCGCCUAUUUAUUGAACACUUUUGUAACCCGCCUUUCAGACCUUUUUUAAAAAAAAAAAAAAGACGGAUCACAACAAAUCUAAAAGACAUUAAAUAUGGUACAUCAGAACAAAAUAAACAGUACAGCUGGAAAGCACAGCACGUUUAAAACCAUGCCACUACCACAUCUAAACCAUGGUGAAAAUCACAUCUUAACUGAACGCUUGUCAGAACCAAUGCGUCUUUGUCACCCACUUAACAGGAGGGAGGGUGCCUGGGUCUGUUGCAGGAGAGUAUUCUGCAGUCUGUACACAGCUCCUUUCCUGCAUCCCAGCCGAAUGCACCUCCUAAGGCAAGAGGGUGUGAAACAAGGCCUCCCAGCGGACACAGCAGGUGGGUGGUGUUUUUAUGAUCGUGGCUUUCAGAUUGUGCAUUCAGUGACCAGGUUUGGGCCUCGGCAAAGCUUAACAGCACUGCGGUUCUGUUCUUCAGCCCAGGUUGGCACCUGAGCCUUUGGUAACUGGAAAAGGACGCGUCUUUGAGGAGUAGGUGCAGCUUCUCCUGCCUUGGUGCUGCAGCACUGGGGAAAGCUGCACCUCUAAAAUCGCCCCCCCUCCCCACUUAGACCUCGGAGCUGCAUCUUACAUGGGAACAAAAGCACCAGAGCUGUGUCCCCUUUAGAAUCCAGUGCCCUUCGUAUCAGCUGCUGCUUCCGUCUGAUGCGCUUCACCCCAGCAAUGCUGCUGCUGCUUUUGAGGGUUCGUAGCACAACGUCGCCAGUUUUACGUUCCACGGGGCUCUGUUGCUGCAUCUGCUUUAAUUUGUGCCCUUUGCUUUGAUUCAGUUCUGCUUAGUUUAAGAAGACUUCUCUGCCCUCCCGCCUGCCACCCCGUAUCCAGCCAGGAUCUGGCUUCGCUUGAAACUUGGCAAGCCAGUUUGGAACCGUGAACUUUGAACUGUGAAAUGAAUAGAGGGUGUGAGGAGGAGGAGAAGGGGAACCAUUUAUCUUGCAUUUAUGAGAGAGAAUUAUCACAAUUAGCAAAGGUCUAGACGAAGGCCCAAAUGCAGGGCGUAGCCAGGUGGGAGUGGUGAGCAAUUGACUGCCUGCCCUGCAGACAGCCAUCGUGUUGCAGGGGAAGUUAAGGAUGCCCCUGAGAUGUUCUGCAGCUGCUCAGGUUGUAUUUGGACAUGCUGCUUCAUUUUCGGGCUAGAUGCCGUGUGCUCUGUCGAAGAAGAAAAGCCUGGAGCUUUUUCAGACGGCCGCUUCGCCGCGACUUCACUUUGGGAGGCUGGGUGCGCAUUCACAUAUCGGCCAGAUUUACCCCGAAGUCCGUGCGAUGUUUCAGAGAGCGCUUCACACAUGGUUCGGGUUCCCCCCUCUGUAUUGGAACCUAGCCCGAUUUAUGUCCGGGGUUAAAAAAAAAAAAUCCUCUUUUUGCAUGGGAGUAUCCGUCAUGCCCCGAGCUCGCAGUAAAGCCUUGUAGUAAAGCCUGCUGUCUGAAAAGCCGCCUGGCACUUGCACAGGAAGCAAGUCAGUUUUUCGCUCGCGUGACCUACAGGAAGUGGGGGGCAUCUGUGGUGCCAAGAGAGCGCGAGACGACAUGGAAUCUUUGCUCUUACGUAGGAAGUUGCCUUGUACUGAGUCAGACGCCUGGUCCGACCAAGGCCAUUAUAUUCCGCACUGACUGGCAGCAGUUAUCCCAGGUUUCGGGCAGGAGUCUUGCCCAGCCCUUGAACCUGGAACCCCCUGCAUCCGUAGAGGCUCUAGCACCGAACCACAGCACUGUUCCAUUGCUUUGUUUUCAUAACACAGUAUUCUUUUCUUAUACUCCUGUCGCUCUUCCCUGCUGUGGGUUUGAUGCACUUUGCUUUCCACUCUCUUCCUCUUCCAGUCAAAGCUGUGCAAUGAAUCCCUUUAAAAAAAAAAAAAAACAGUAGUAAAAGCAAAUCGUGCUGCUCUGGAAAUUGUGGACAUUGAAUGUAACAUAAACUCUGCAUCCUUUAUUCCAGUUGCUCAGUGAGGAAUAUUUAAUUGGGUUUAGGGUUGUUGUUGUGUUUUGGCUUUGGGGCAGAAUUCCAGACCCUUGGCUUGUGGCUGUGUCUGCAGUGAGGUAGAAUGGAAAAUAAUAGCAUACCAAAAAAAAAAGGUUGGUCCAGGCAAGCUGAAUGCUGAGACCAGGGUAGGUCCAGGAAGAGCUUGUGCAGAUGUGCUUUCUUUGAGUGAUGUAUUCAGUUUGUCCUGUGGCAGGACGAAGGGCCACCUGAGGGGCUGAACCCCCGACCCCUGGAACUAGGUAGCCACGUGAACAAAACGUUGGGAGAGCUGAGGCAGUGUCUGCCGAUCUCUGGCGUGUGGAAGGCUAUGCACCCUUCUUAAAAAUAAAAAUAAACUGAAAUUGACAUUACCAAGAUGUAGAGUCCUUUGCUUCGUACCAGCUGAUUUGCUUCGGCGGUGCAGUGGUGGCUUUGAGCGGCCCCAUUCCUUCCUCGGUGUCAUGUACAGGUCCCUACACAAGGUGGGGGGGGGAGCCCAUAAGGAUCCACUGGCAGACUGCUGGCUAACUUGCAGGGUGCAUUGGCAGUACAUUGACAAGGGUUUUUGACGCCCAGUUUUUAGAACAGUGGAACUUGAACUUGCUCUUCAAUCAGGCUGUUGAAAUCCCUGCUCUGUCGUCACUCACACAUAGAUUUAUACUCGUGCUUGCAGGUUAUUCCGGUGCAUGGCUCUUGGGGUGCAGGCAGUGGUGGAGGGCUCAGCCUCUGAGCCGCCGUUUUGUACCUAGCUUUGCCCCUUCUUGCGCCCGCCUCCAGUUGUUUCUUGGGGUUGGUUGUGGGUCCUAGUUAAAAACAGGGCAAUGUAGAUCCUUCAAGCCUGGAAUCUGACCCACCUCACUCGAGAAGAACCUCCCAAGUUUCUCUGGAGAGAAUCCCAGUUCCCUUGAUCAGCAGUGUGAGCAAGCAUACGCGGGGGGAAGAGAAGCAGGCGCCCUUAUGCAGCUGUCCGUUGACAGGCUUGCAGUGACCAUUGCACUUGGUAGAGACCCUGUGGCUUUACACCAUGCAUGUUCCCCCGGCCCCCAACAGCUGCAACAUCCAGUGAUGGUUUGCGUGUGUGAAUGGGCCAUCGCAGAUCUAACCCAGCAGGCAGCGCUUCAUAUGGGCUUGAGUGAAGUGUCAGGGCAGGCGGUCCCAGGGAGCUCAGCCAUGCAGUUGUCCAGGGGGUUGUGUGUGUGUGUGUGUGACUAGUCUGCAGGUAGCAAGGAUGCAAGUGAGGGGAAGGGCCUUUCAUGGCUCAGUGUAUCCCCAGCCACCUGGCUGAAAAGGUAUUUCUGGAGGCUGGACCACAGGAGUGUGCUGUUGGGAAGAUUCUUCAGUAUUAAUAUGACAGGCCAUCUCUGUAUAGGCUUGUUAUUUGUGUUACAGCAAGGCUUAUUUAAAAACUGUUUUCUGGGCAAAUUCUGCCUCUUUGUGACUCUUGGCCCCUCUGGAUAAUACACCCACCCCACACCCACACCCCGGCUCCAUAACUUCAGUUUUGCAGCCGCCUUGAUUGUGAUUUAAAAAAAAAAAAAACCAGUUCCAGCUCCCUGACCCAGUUCCACCAACAGCCUCCUUCCAUCCAGCACCAGGAAUGGAAAUUGUAGCCUCCAUUGUGGGCUCUGAAAUUUGAUCCUCCGCUCUGGCGGCCUUGGGAGGCUUGGGGAUUUGGAACCAGGCCUGGGAGCCUUUCAGCAGGGGGAUGAGUCAGAGAAAGUGAUGGAGGAGGAGAAUGUCUGGAAAGAAGAUCUGAGGCAGAGGAGGGGGGGGGGAUGUGGCAACAGUCCUUCCUCUUGUCCUGACCCUUGGGGCCUCCUUCCUUUCAGACCAGUGUGGCCCGGAAUCUCCGCUUCCGUAGGCGCGUAGGCCCAGCUGGUCAGGUAUCCAAACCAACCGUCAGGCAGGGAAGCUGCUUUAUACUGAGUCAGACCCUUGGUCCAUUGGUAUUGUCUACACUGACUGGCAGCAACUCUCCAAGGUUUGGGGCAGGAGUCUUUCCCAGUUCGUCCCGGAGGUGCUGCCAGGAAUUGAACCUGAGACCUUCUGCAUUGCAAAGCAGAUGCUCUAGCACCCACUGAGAGCAUAGCUGAGGACAAGAGAACCUCCCAAGAAAGAGCAAAGGAGAGAGACCCCCAAGAGCAAAGGAGAGAUACUCGGAGGAAGGGAUCUCUGGCCAAGGGUACCUUUAAGUACCCCUAACUAUGGAACCAACCUGUAAAUGAAAAGCAUCCCUAGUGGGCAUUUUAGCCCGCUGUAUCCCAAAGCCAGCAAGUGGCCACUCCUACCUUGGCUCUCCUGGGAGACGUCUGCGACGCGGUCAAAAGUUCACCCCCGGGGGCCGGCCUGCUCUCGGGCACCUGGGACCUGACUCCACACGUGGGUCCAUCGGCUUUUUCCGGCAUCUUCUUCCUCACCACAUGGGCCCCAGCGCCUCCUGCUGCAUUUGGGACUCCCCCUUCCAGAGGCUGCACAUGAUACUCUGCGCCCCGGUACUGCAGCACCCCCAGCAGGGAUGCCCCGUUGUAGUUGACCGCCGCAAUUGACUCUGGGUCAGAGUUCACCGUCCCAGUGUAAUAGGUUCCUUGCUCCAUCGGAUCGUCCACCACCUGCUUGGGGCUGCCCAGAUACUGUACAGUCAAGCCCUCCGAGAAGAAACUGGGGUCUUUCUCUAAACGGAGCACCAGUUCUUCUCCGAACGCCUGGAUCCGAUACGAGAGGUGCUCCUCCCCUGGGCUCCCGCUGCUGCCCAGGCUGUUAUCCCACAAGCCGUCCUCAUCCUGACCGGCAGGAUGGAACGUGGCAUUGAGUCUCUCGGGGAAGACAAUGUCUUCUUGGUACCUGCCAACAUGAGCGUGCUCCUCCCCUGCCAGGACCAGGUGGCAGCAGGUGGCAAACAGUACAAGAAUCAUGGUGGGUAAAUUAUUAAAUUCUGUCCUGAAAAAAGGGAAGGUGACCAUUUUUUUUUUAAACCAAAAAACAGAUAUGUGAUUUUAGGACUUUAAAAAUUAAAAAAAAAAAAAGACAAACCCUUCAGGUCAGCAAAAAUCAGCUGAGGAACACGAAAGGUACGGAUUAUAAUAAAUACAGAUAGUUAUUGCCUCUCCUCUCUGCUACCUGUGAUCCUCUGCGCCUAAGCAAAGAGCAUCCCUUCCCUUUGGGGUUUUACAGCCAGGAAAACCAGAGUCUCCUGUCACCUCACACGCCUGAGUGUGAAGCUUCUUGCCGCUAUUUUUGCUUCUUAAAGUGAACAAUCGAAAUUCUCUUCCCAGAUUUUGUUUCUUUUUUUCUUUUUGGUCUUCUCUGCUGCCAAGUCUCUUCCAACGGAGGAAUAUGCCUCUUUUUCCACACUCGUGCUGCUACCACAGCCUUUGCAGCAGGACGGAGUAGAGUUUUCUGCUUUAGUUCCAAAUAAAAAGAAAUAGAAA